AAUUUGAUUUCUACAAAAACAAAAACAAAGUUAUUUGAAAAACCGAACCAAAAAAAUAAAUAAAAUAAAUUGAACAGCCACUAAUCACUAUCACAAUGAACAAUCAAAUGGAACGCCCUACCGGUCACACCACUCAUGUAGACGAUCCUCAUAUGCAUGGUCAAGAUGUUGACAUCAAUGGUCAAAAUGAAGAGCAUCAUGGUGAGAAGAAAUCAGUGCUAAAGAAAGUAAAGGCGAAAGCGAAGAAGAUUAAGGACACUAUAAAAGAUCAUGUUGGACAUGGUCAUGAUCAUCACGAGGAAGACGACGACGAAGAUGAUGAGAUGGAUAUGGACCCUGAAAUCCACGGCACUCACACUGCACAAAGCACCAUGCCAGGGCAAGAGGGAGUUGCAAGGCAGCAAAUGCACGAACCAAUAAUCGGUGAAAGAACUGCAGGUGAAGGUGCCCACGUGAUGAGUAAGCCAAGGCAGCAAAUGCAUGAACCAACAUUCGGCGAAAGAACUGCAGGUGAAGGUGCCCCACACGCGAUGAGUAAGCCGGGUGAUUAUCAGACAUUUGAUCCUACAACUGCGAGAUAUACCCCUGGACAGGAUGAGACCUUGGGUUGGUCGAGGACCGAUGCCAGAAGGCCACAGGACUUUGAGGAAAAACCUUAUGCACCAAAGAACACUCCUGUUGCUAUGCAUUCUGGUGGAGGUCAUAGUGCUAGUACUGGAGCUUUGGAUAUGGGGAAGAAAGGAGCUCCUGUGAAGCUUGGAGGUGUUGUUGGGGGAGUGGAGAGAGAUCCUCAGGCCCCGAAAGAUGUAGGGGUAGAUCGUCAUCCUGCCAAUUAUCAAGCCAAAGUAACUGACCCAACAGCCACUGGAAAGGAUCCCCUAGUUGCUCAGAGCUUCAUGGCAGGGCUUCAUACAAGUAAAAUCGAUGAAAGAUCAGUCGAAGGGGUGAUUAACGCCCCAGCAAGCAAGCCACACGGAGAUUUAAGGACCUUUGAUCUUACUACUACAGAUUAUGUCCCAGGACAAGAGGAGACCUUAGGUUGGUCUAGGGCUGAUACUGGAAGGCUAAACAGGUCAGAGGAAGUGUCCAACGCAUCAUAUAAUACACCAAUAGCAGCCCAUUCAGGACAUGAAUCACAUGAUUCCACAGCUGCUCAGAGAUUCAUGCCAGGGCUACAUAGACGUAACAUGGGUGAAGGAACUGCAGUACAAGGGGUGGUUCAUUCCCCGACAACCAAGCAGCAAGGCCACUAUCAGACCUUUGAUCCUACUAGUGCAAGUUAUGUUCCGGGGCAAGAGGAGACUUUGGGUUGGUCUAGGACUGAUACUGGUAGGCAACACGGAUCAGAGAAACUGUCCUCUGCAAUAAAGAAUACACCAACGGCAGCUCAUUCAGGAAAUGAAUCACAUGAUCCCAUGGCUGCUCAGGGCUUCAUGGGAGGGCCACAUAGAAGUAAAGUGGAUGAAAGAACUGCAAUGGAAGGGGUAAUCCAUUCCCCGGAAAGCAAUCCGAAAGGAGAUUAUCACACCUUUGAUCCUAAUGCAACGAGUUAUUUUCCGGGGCAAGAAGAGACCUUGGGUUGGUCUAGGACUGAUACCGGAAGGACUCAUACAGGUAGAAUUCAUGGUAUGGGAGCUGAAGAGGAGAGAGGGACUGGGAAGCUUGGUGGCUUAAUUCAGAAUCCAGGAUUCUUGGAGAAGGAUCCUAAUACUGCAAGAGUUCCAGGGGAAAGACAUCAUGCUGGAAAUUAUGAGACCAAAGUUUCAGACCCAACAGGCAAGGGCGGUGAAGAAGUAGGGGUUACUCCAAUCCUGCAUCAGUUAGAUAAGAUGAAUAUUUUCGAUGAAUCACAGCAAAAACCAAGAGCAGACAAUGUUCACCUGAACAGAACAGAACACACUCCACAAUCUGAGAAGAUCACCACUGGAAGCCAUAAUCAAUUCUAUCCAGAGCCAGUCACUUCCGAGACGAGCACAUUUCUCCAACAAUCUACCAGUCCAAUCAGCGAGGGACCACGUGACAUGUCAGAACAGAAACAAGGAAGUUACACCGGAAAGGUCUCGUCUGCAGCUGCGAUGGUGGCUGAUAAAGCAAAGCAGGCCACUAAUUCUGUUACAUCAAAGUUAGGGUAUGGUGGAAAUUCUGAUCAGCACCCAACUUCUGUAUCUUCAGCAAUGCAUGACAAGUCGUCUGAGCCAAGGGGCUAUGGGGAGAAGAUAACAGGUGCCACAGCUGCUAUUACAAACAAGGCUGUACAAGCCAAGGAUGUUGUGGCCUCUAAACUAGGCUAUGGCGGGACUCACGAGAGACAGCCACCUGUACAAGAAGGGGCCUCCAAGGGAGGAGGAUCAAUUGUGGGGACAGUGAAAGAAAAAAUGGCCCCGGUUUACGAUAAAGGGGCAACGGUGGGUUCAACCAUGGCCUCAAAGGUGCAAGGUUCAGGGACGGAGCAUGAGGUCCAGUUUACUGGGCCUACUAUCGGUCCAACUGCUGGGGUGGAUAAGGGAGUGUCGAUGAAGGAGUAUCUGGUCGAGAAACUGAAGCCCGGGGAAGAAGAUAAGGCGUUGUCUGAGGCUAUAACUGCAGCGUUGCCGGUACACAAACGUAGGGAAGAUGUAAGCAAAUCCGGGGAGUUCGGGGAAGGUGAAGCGAGGAAAGUGACGAUAAUAGGAAGAGUGACGGAGUCUGAUGAGGUGGCGCAACGGCUUGGAAGGAGUGACGAGAAGAAUUAUGAUAAUGCUGGUACAGGGAUGGCUAGUCCAGGGAAGGGUGUAAUGGACAGGAUUAAAGAAGCUGCUACUUCUUGGUUUCAGAGUAGUGGUGAGUUUCCAUCGCAGUAUACCACUACACAAGGAACUGAAGGUUCUACUAUAAUUUCCAGCACGGAAAGUGAGCAGAAAAGAGCCGAUGAAGCAGGAUUUCAGUAAUAACUUGAGCUUAGAUAUGUUAUGCUAUAUGUUAAUCUGGGAUUUUGUGUUUGUCAUGUCAUGUGUGCACAAUAGUUUGCUCCAGGUGAUAAGAGUAAUGUGGGCUAAUGUACUUCAAGUUAGCAGCUGUUGUAAAUAAAGAUUCUGGACACUUUUUGGUGUUUGUGAAUGUUUGUAAUGUGUUAUCUUUGGUGCACUUACUCGUAUUGUCAAACCGUUCUUUUACCAUCGGUGCUGGGGUUAUACCAGUAACCGAUGAUUUCUUCUUAAGAUGAGUAAUCUCUAUAUCUACAGGUUACAUUUUUUUUGUUU